GCGGCUCUCUCUGUGCGACUUGACUCUCUCCUCCCGUGCAGUCUCGCAUUGAGGGGUUGAAGCCGCAUAAACGCCGUUUUUUUCACAAUGCGGGCGUGAGGAGCCUCCAUGUAGUUAAAAAAAAAAACGGAGGGGCUUUGAGGAGGGAGGGUCACCGGCUUCACAACCGAGCCUGUGCGCCAGGCACCGGGAGGAAUAAAAUGUCGAACCGAAAGCACCGGGACAACCAGGAGAUCUGCGCCCGCAAGGUCCGUGAGCUGGCCCAGUCUGGAGUAAACAAACACUGCUUCGAGUGCAACCAGCCCGGGGUGACUUACACCGACAUCACGGUGGGCAGCUUCGUCUGCACGUCGUGCUCCGGAAUGCUGAGAGGCCUCAACCCUCCCCAUAGAGUCAAGUCUAUCUCCAUGACAACCUUCUCCCAACAGGAAGUGGAAUUCCUCCAAAACCAUGGCAACGAGGUUGGCAGGAGGACUUGGCUCUGUGUGUUUGACCCAAAGACGGACGGUUGCUCCGACAUGAAGGAUUCUCAGAAGUUCAAAGAGUUCCUACAGGACAAAUACGAGAAGAAAAAGUGGCAUUUUUCCAAAAGUAAGAACCGGAGGGAUGUCGAGGGUCCUUGGAGCCCAGGGGUCCAGGCCGUGCCCCCUUCCCAUGGUCCCUUAGCGAACCAGGCCCCCUCCCAUAACCUGCCCCCCAACGCCAGGUCCACGAGGCCGCUGUCUCAGUCCCAGCUGCCGCCAUGGGAUCGAGCUCCUGCGAUCUCCCCCGCCGACAUGCGGACGGAUGUGUUCACCGCUCGGCCGUCGCGCUCCCAAAGCUUCAGAGACCCCCCUCUGAAAGAUCCCACAAUGUGUGGGAUAGAACGACAGCGGCCAGGCUCCCUGUCGUCAGCGCUGGGAGCUCAGAGCCACGCGCCCUCAUUCCCCGCCCUCCCACGGCCCUCAGCCAGUAGCUCUUUCAAAAACCACUUCACUUUAGGUCGUACAAUAUCGGCCUCGGGGGCCACGGGACCCUUUAGGGCCUUCCCCAAGUCUCUCAGCGUCGACUUUGGAGGUCUGAGCCAUCCUCAGGCGCAGCCUCUGCCCCAGUCUCUGUCCCAGCAGCAUCAUCAGCAACCUGGAAGUGUUGGCCAGACGACGCCGCCAGUCAGCAGCUCCAACGCCCAGGACAGAUACGCUGCAGUGUUACAGCUGGACAGCGUCUUCUCCGACACAUCCUCAGCCACAGCUCCACCUGGUGGUCCUCCGCAGUACAACGCCAUCUUCGGCAGCAGGCUCUCGUCCAGCUCUACUCCUGCCAGUUCCCCCGGUGUUGAUACGGUCUCCGGCUCCCAGACCUUUGCAAAUUUCCCCAACCCAUUCAGCUCCAGCUCCCAGCAGCCUGUUGCCCUCUCCCCCAGUAACCCCUUCAGCAACGCAUCAGGAGGCGACUCCAGUGCGUUUGUCACCUCGCCCACCUCCGUAUUUCCUUCGUCUGCCUCCUUUCCAGCACCCACCACCCAGAAUGCAUUUCCUCAUGAGUCAGCCAGCAACCAGGAAGCCAACGGUUUUGCCUCCUUCCCUGCGUCCGACUCUCAGCCCAAAGUCCCUCGGCCGAUGUCGGUGAACCCGUUUACGGGGAAUGUUUACCCCAGUCGAGGGACGUCGCGAAAUCCUUUCAUCUGACCCCCCCUCACACACACACACACACACACACACACACUGCCCCCUUCCCCUUACGUCACCCACCCAUCCAUCUCUGGGAACCGAGGGAGUGAAGUGAACUUGAGGAGUCGCUGCCAUUUCAAUGCCUUUGGAGUAUUUUCACCCUCUGGAGGGGAGGUGUUUGACCCCCACCUCCCUCCUCUCUCCUCUCUCUCUCUCUCUCUCUCUCUCUCUCUCUCCUCUCGUCUGUGUUUACGUGUUUGUGGAGGAAAAAAAAAAUGUGUGAAUGUAAUUAUGAAAUGAUGUGUGUAUGAGAGUGUUCCCCCGCCCCCCCUUGCUGUCAAUAUGUCAGAAGGUGUUUGUGUGCCAGUAGACGCCACCUCAGGGCUCUGUGGGAGUCGCGAGUAAAAUUACGCCUCUAUGAUUUUUGCAGAAAUACACACUUAUAUGACAACACACACACACACAGACACACACAUACGUCGCUGCUGCUGCUAUUUUGCUUUCAUCUCCUGCUUAAAAGUGCAAAAAGAAAAAAAACCAACAGCCCGCCGGUAAUUACGUCAGCGUUGUCUUCUUUGAAAAAAAACAAACAAACUCUGAGAUGUCCAAAGGAAAAGCCGGUUGCAUCACGAGUUCCUGCAGAUGGUUAUAACAGCCUUAACAGCCUCCUGAUGCACGUGAAUUAGAGUUGACGGGCUUUUUCUCUGUAGUAGAGUGUGUGUGGAACAUGUUUUGCAUUCGUCACUGUUUCUUUUUGUUUUCUUGUUUGUUUGUUUGUUUGUCAGGUUUCCAUUUUGAAGGAUAAAUCUUAUGUUGUCUACUCCUAGGCUGCAUGCGCUUAGAGGGCUAAAAGGAGAUGCUACUGAAUGUAAAAGCAAUUUCAGAAUAACUUAAAUGUGUAUAAAAACAUUAUCGCUUCAUGUACCGGACCAAAAUGUUUCUCGUUUUUUUUUUGUUGUUGUUUUUGUUUGUUUUUGUUUUUCGGUUGACAUGGAGGCGAAGUUAAUUUCCCUUAUUUUGCCAAAAAAAAAAAGGAAAAAGAAAGAUUCAUGUAACAGCGUCUUUGUAACGACAAAGUAUUCAUGUUCAUAAAAUCAGUUUGUUGCUUCUUAA